AGCUGCCGUUGCCGCCGUCCUCGCCGCCACCCUUUCCUCCUCCCCCGCCGCCGCCUCCUCCUUCUCCGGCCCCUCGGCCACCUCUACACGACCCAGGCCCUCUGUCCUUGAGAGGAAUCCGUAUUCAGUCUCCUUCGCGGGCCCGGGGCGCAGCCAUGGCGGACGGCGGGGGCGGAGGGGGCACCGGCGCGGUGGGCGGCGGCGGCGCCGGCCAAGCCUCGGCGGGAGCGACGACAGGCGCGACGGGAGCCGGUGGGAGCGGCGGCCCCAUCAACCCGGCCUCACUGCCUCCCGGCGACCCGCAGCUCAUCGCGCUCAUCGUGGAGUAGCUCAAGAGCCGGGGGCUGUUUGACAGCUUCCGCCGGGACUGCCUGGCCGACGUGGACACCAAGCCAGCUUACCAAAACCUGAGGCAGAAAGUGGAUAAUUUUGUGUCAACACAUCUGGACAAGCAGGAGUGGAAUCCUACGAUGAACAAAAACCAAUUGCGAAAUGGUCUGAGACAGAGUGUGGUUCAGUCAGGGAUGUUGGAAGCUGGAGUGGACAGAAUUAUUUCCCAGGUGGUGAAUCCCAAACUAAACCACAUCUUCAGGCCACAGAUAGAACGAGCAAUUCAUGAGUUCCUGGCAGCCCAGAAAAAAGAAGCUGUGCCAGCACCCCCUCCAGAGCCUGAAAGCCAGGACCCUCCAGCCCCAUCCCAGGAUGCUUCCUAAGAAUAUGCCUGACACGUUUUGGAAGCUCCAUUGAAUUAAUGGUGAAGAACUGGAUUCAGUUACAUAAGAGUACAACUUCAGAGUGAAGACAGGCCAAGGUCAUCACUGAUUUCACAAUUCAACGUUGACUGUGGGGCGGUGUCCAGAUAAAGUAGGGAGCAAAUGGGCCAGUAGGAGAGUUGACCAUGUGGGCCCCACAUCGUGCUGCCGUCUGGCCAGCCUGUCCAAGGGGUGACACCCACUAGACACUACAGAUACAUUAAGAAACACUACAUCAACUUGGGGUUGUCCUGAAACAAACCUCUGUACUUGAACUUAGAGACUGUGUAUGAAUUUUAGGGUUUGUGCUUGGGGAUAAGCAACAGCUACAAUGAAGGCACAUAACCAGUCCCAAAGAUGCAAUUUCAAAGAAUGACAGUAAAGGUUAGCCAGGAGUAGGUAUUUGACAAUGCUUAUUUGAUACUGUUUCUCAGAGUUUCAAAUAAGAGUGUACAAGCCGUUAGCAUCAAAUAGCUUUAAGGUUGUUGUGACCCUCUUGUCCAUGACUCUUUAGCUUCCGUUUCCUUUCCCCUGUAAGAGGUGUCAAAACAUGGGACCCUAGAAUGCAUGAGGAAAUGUAGAAUUAGGUAUAAGGAAAAACAUUUGCAGGCUCUCUGUCCGGGGCUGCUUCCUAUCCUGCAAGGGCUAGUGAGUCUUGGGUGUGUUUAUUUUAUUCUCAUGUUUGUGUUUUUUAGAAGGUGAAUAAUUAAUAAGUGGCUUAAGUUUUGUAAUUAAAUCAUUUGAUACUCUGA